GUUCCUUUCACUCUGUAUCAACAACAGGAAGAAAAUCAUUCCUGCCACCAUCACUUCCCCCUCCCCACAUCCCCUCCCCCGUUUCGUAUCAAAGUGUGCCAAUCCCUACACCGUGGCCGAAGUCGCCUUAUACCGGCUGGUGCAACGUCCCCAGACUUGCACAAAACUUUGUUGUCGUGGGUUUGGUUCGGUUUUUCUUUUGUUCUCUCACUCAUCCUUUUCUCCUUUUUGCGUUUCGAUCGAGAAAGAUCGCAUCUUGGCGACAAAACAAGAGGGAGAGAGCUUUCUCUUCUUCACUUUUUUUUAAUUUUUAUUUUUUUUUCGGAGGGGGAGGGGCUUGCUUGAUUCGCCGGAGUUCUAGAUUGCCAGAGCUACUCUCUACUCUUUCUUUAGCCUUCACCUGGAUACAAUUUUUAAAGUGAAGCUGUCUCCAAAAUGACAACUCUGGCUGGAGCUGUCCCCAGAAUGAUGCGACCAGCUCCCGGACAAAACUACCCUCGCAGCGGAUUCCCAUUAGAAGUGUCCACUCCUUUAGGGCAGGGUAGAGUCAACCAACUCGGUGGCGUUUUUAUCAAUGGCAGGCCACUACCCAACCACAUCCGUCACAAGAUAGUGGAGAUGGCCCACCAUGGCAUCCGGCCCUGUGUCAUCUCUCGACAGUUGCGGGUGUCCCACGGCUGCGUCUCCAAAAUCCUGUGCAGGUAUCAGGAGACGGGCUCCAUUCGACCGGGGGCCAUCGGGGGCAGUAAACCCAAGCAGGUGACAACGCCUGACGUUGAGAAGAAAAUCGAGGAAUACAAAAGAGAGAAUCCAGGCAUGUUCAGCUGGGAAAUUCGAGAUAAGCUGCUCAAAGACGCGGUCUGUGACCGAAACACCGUUCCUUCAGUGAGUUCCAUCAGCCGAAUCCUGAGAAGUAAAUUUGGAAAAGGAGAGGAAGAAGAUGCAGAAAUUGAAAGGAAGGAAGUGGAAGAGAACGAAAAGAAGACCAAACACAGCAUUGAUGGAAUAUUGAGUGAAAGAGCUUCAGCACCUCAAUCUGAUGAAGGCUCAGAUAUUGAUUCAGAACCAGAUUUACCACUAAAGAGGAAACAGCGUCGGAGCCGGACGACCUUCACAGCAGAGCAGCUGGAAGAGCUGGAAAGGGCUUUCGAAAGAACCCACUACCCUGACAUUUACACCCGAGAAGAACUUGCCCAGAGGGCUAAGCUCACGGAGGCCCGAGUUCAGGUCUGGUUUAGCAACCGCCGGGCAAGAUGGAGGAAGCAAGCUGGGGCCAAUCAACUGAUGGCUUUCAACCAUCUAAUUCCGGGAGGAUUCCCUCCUACUGCCAUGCCAACUCUACCAACAUAUCAGCUGUCGGAGACCUCAUAUCAACCUACAUCUAUCCCACAAGCUGUGUCUGACCCCAGUAGUACAGUCCACAGACCUCAGCCUCUUCCUCCGAGCACCGUGCACCAAAGUACGCUACCAUCCAAUCCAGAGAGCAGCUCUGCGUAUUGCCUGCCCAGCACCAGACAUGGAUUUUCCAGCUAUACAGACAGCUUUGUGCCUCCAUCCGGGCCCUCCAAUCCCAUGAACCCCGCCAUUGGCAAUGGCCUUUCACCUCAGGUAAUGGGACUCUUGACUAACCAUGGUGGAGUACCUCACCAGCCCCAGACUGAUUAUGCUCUCUCUCCUCUCACUGGGGGCCUAGAACCAACCACUACUGUGUCUGCCAGCUGCAGUCAGAGACUAGACCAUAUGAAGAGCUUAGAUAGUCUGCCAACAUCUCAGUCCUAUUGCCCUCCAACCUAUAGUACCACAGGUUAUAGCAUGGAUCCUGUCACAGGCUACCAAUAUGGACAAUAUGGACAAAGUGCCUUUCAUUAUCUGAAGCCAGAUAUCGCAUAAAUGAACUGUCCACUCUGAGUUAAGUCUGGUCCUGUUUCCAGUCUCCAUUACAUAGACAUGAAGAAUCCUCUCUGAAAAAGUCGAUCCCUUUGGCCGUGGGGUGGGGGUGGGGAGGGUCAUUGUGACAGAAGGUACAGGAGAUGUUUUCUUUCUCCAAUAGUUGUUUUCAAUAUACUCUUGGACAUGUUGGACAAACCAGGCGAGAAGAGGAAGACCUUGGGCAAUACAAGACCAGGGGGGCUUUGAAGGCAAUGAUUUAACAUGGCCACACAUCAAAAUACUCAAACAGUUUAGCGCUGACUGAGAGAACACAUUCCAUUCUUGCUCCUUUGAGAAAUACCUGGACUGAUUUGGACAAGCAGAAUGUUUGAAAGCUGAGCAGCCCGAUGCUGUCAACUAGAACUUGUUGGGUGUUCAAUGUUGACAUUGCUACACUUUUCAAACUGCUCGGUUUCUGAAGCAUGAGCAGAGAGGAAUCUUUUAAUCGUACACACUGGAAAUGACAUCCACACUCAUUAUUACCAUUUGGGGGGAAGGUAGGAUAGAUGUAAAGGACUUCCAGGAUAAAUUAUUGAUGAUAUUCUUUUUGGUAAUCCAGUUGUCAAUAAAGGUCAUAAGCCCAUUUUGCUAACGGGACGUGGUAUAACAUGAAGAGAAAAAUCAAAAACAAAAACUCGGUUGUAUCUUUUGGAGUGGGCUGAGGUGUGUGACUUUUUCCUAAUCCCAUGUUAACAUUUGGAAGCAAGCAAGGGGGAAAAACAGUGACGUUGAUUUCCACGACUGCCUAACAAUGUGCAAUACUGUGUACCUCACAGAAGCUUUGGAAGCAUCCAAAGUGAUAUAAAUAGAAUCAGAACUAUAUUUUUGCAGGUGUUUUUAUUUUUUCAGUACAUAAUUCAGUGUGGUAAAAUGCAGAGAUGUUGCAGUUUGCUGGACAACCGAAAUCCAGUUUGCUCCUUAUGAUUCAAGACCGUGUCAGAGAAUAAUGCUUUUUUAAAAAAGAUUACGUUUACAUUCUUUUAUUUUUUACAGAAGACAGGGCAAGAAGAGAAAUGUCCAUGUGGCUGACAUGUACUUUUAAGUUAUACAAUGAUAUCCAAUAUUAAAAGAUUAUAGGAAUUGAGGUUUACAUAAGUUUGUGUUGUGACAUUCUAGAAUGUCAAUAAAUUUGUGUUUUGAAAUGUUAAGAGGAACAGGAAGAUGGAAGGCAGUGUUAUUUAUUUCUCUUUAUUCUUGGAACAAUGAAUGAGGUAGGGCCCAAAUACAUUCCUUUUAGCAUUAAGGACUAUGAAGUAGUGAGUUAGUAAGCCUAGGCAUAGUACAGAGAUUAGUUCAUACAUUGGUCUUAAAGGGUGAUGGACAAAAGAAAUACUCUGUGUUGCAGCCUCUACCAACAACAGCGUGUUGUAAAAAUGUCUUUCAUGUAAAAAGUGCAGUAAAUAUUUACUAUUUAUAAUGAAUAAACAGUUAUGAAAACUUGCAAAA